AUGGAAGACGCUUCAAACUCCUCUCGAACAUAUUUUGACUUAGCAAAGACAAGGCUUAAGAAACUGGUCACCAGGCUAUCUAGAAAUAAUGACUUACUUCAAGGCUACGACCAAGUCAUUUGUAGCUACAUAUGCAACGGACACGCCGAAGAGGUGCCACGCAAAGAAGACGUUGGGUACCCGGCCGUUAAUUCUGAAGGUAUCUACUACAUGUCAGACCGUGAGGUGAUCAAGGAGCAAUCUGCCACAACUAAGCUCCGUAUAGUUUUCGACGCUUCAUCUCACGCCCGCAUAUGCAAAUCUCUGAACGAUAACUUGGAGAAGGGUCCAAAACUGCAUCCAAACCUUCUGGAUGUCCUCAUACGUUUCCGAAUGAAAGCCAUAGGAAUGACAGCAGGCACGCAGCAAGCAUACCUGCAGAUAGGAGUAAGCCAAGAAGAUCACGACGCACUCCGUUUUCUUGGGUUCUAUGAACCUCCAGAUCACCGUUGUGCAACGGGCAAAGUUCUAGAGUGGCGUAUGAAACGAGUGCCAUUUGGGACCACAGCAAGUGCUUUUCUCUUCUCGGCCACUCUGUGUCAUCAUUUGUCCACCGCACAGCAACGGACUGCAGAUAUCAUGGCACAGUCAUUUUACGUGGACGAUCUUGUCUAUGGAGCAGAUUCUACGGUCGAGGCUCACCGGCUAUACGAUGAGGCAAACAUGGAAUUAAUGAAAUGGUAA